UCCGCCCCUCUGUCAGAGUCCGAAGUGGGUCCUUGUCGCUUUAAAUCCGAAAUCCCGCGAGGGCGCCUGCUCUCGCGAUAUCUGCGGCCACUUACUUAUCCCCCACAAUUCCCUCUUCUUUCUUUCUCCAGCAGCCGAGCAAGAUGCCCAAAGGGAAGAAGGCCAAGGGGAAGAAGGUGGCCCCGGCCCCCGCCGUCGUCAAGAAGCAGGAGGCCAAGAAGGUGGUCAACCCUCUGUUCGAGAAGAGGCCCAAGAACUUCGGCAUUGGACAGGACAUCCAGCCCAAAAGAGAUUUAACGCGCUUCGUCAAAUGGCCCCGCUACAUCAGACUGCAGCGGCAAAGAGCUAUCCUCUACAAGCGGCUCAAAGUCCCUCCUGCCAUUAACCAGUUCACCCAGGCCCUGGACAGGCAGACAGCUACUCAGCUGCUUAAGCUUGCCCACAAGUACAGGCCAGAGACAAAGCAAGAGAAGAAGCAAAGGCUACUGGCCCGUGCUGAGAAGAAAGCUGCUGGCAAAGGCGACGUCCCAACUAAGAGACCACCUGUCCUCCGAGCAGGAGUCAAUACAGUCACCACCUUGGUGGAGAACAAGAAGGCUCAGCUGGUGGUGAUUGCCCAUGACGUAGACCCCAUUGAGCUGGUGGUUUUCCUACCUGCUCUGUGUCGAAAGAUGGGGGUGCCCUACUGCAUCAUCAAGGGAAAGGCCAGGCUGGGGCACCUGGUCCACAGGAAGACAUGCACCACCGUUGCCUUCACACAGGUUAACUCGUGAGUAUUUAUGCGCCCACACCUUACCCUCACAGCUUUGGACCAUUUGCCAGUGAUGCUUAGGAAUUUCUUCACCUGAAUCAACUAUGUGGUCACACUGUUGUCUGAGGCAAAAAGGCAGGGAGGGAAGGGUUUAUUACUCCUGCUUCUUAAACAGUAACGAGACCUUCCUCAUUGCCUUUCCAGGGAAGACAAGGGUGCUCUGGCUAAGCUGGUGGAAGCUAUUAGGACCAAUUAUAAUGACAGAUAUGACGAGAUCCGUCGCCACUGGGGAGGCAACGUCCUGGGUCCUAAGUCUGUGGCUCGAAUUGCCAAGCUGGAAAAAGCAAAGGCUAAAGAACUCGCCACUAAAUUGGGUUAAAUGUACACUAAAUUUUCUGUACCUAAAUAUAAUUACAAAAUUA